CCCAGCCGGGGGGCGCUCCCGGAGGACGGCGCCGGGCUGGUGCCUACUGACAGCUCGGCCCCUCACAAAGAGGAUCUUAGCAGCAAGAUUAAAGAACAAAAAAUUGUUGUGGAUGAACUUUCUAACCUGAAGAAGAACAGGAUAUAUUAGAUGAGCUGAAAAAAGAAUACCAAGAAAUAGAAAACUUAGAGAAGACCAAAAUCAAGAAAUAGUCAACUUGAUUUCACAGAACAAUGUGCGGCAUUUGUUGUUCUGUAAGCUUUUCUGCUGAGUGUUUCAGCAAAGGUUGGAAAGAGGAUUUGCGGUAUAAUCUUGAACGACGGGGACCCAAUAGUAGUAAGCAGUUGUUAAAGUCUAACACUAACUACCAGUGUUUAUUUUCUGGUCAUGUCCUCCACUUAAGAGGUGUUUUGACUGCCCAGCCUGUGGAAGAUGAAAGAGGCAAUGUGUUCCUGUGGAACGGAGAAGUCUUUAGUGGAAUAAAGGUUGAAGCUAAAGAGAAUGAUACUCAAAUAAUGUUUAAUUAUCUUUCCUCUUGUGAGAAUGAAUCUGAUGUUUUGUCACUCUUCUCACAAGUCCAAGGUCCGUGGUCUUUUAUAUAUUAUCAAGCAUCUAGUCAUCAUUUGUGGUUUGGUAGGGAUUUUUUUGGUCGCCGGAGCUUACUUUGGCAUUUUAGUAAUCUGGGCAAGAGUUUUUGCCUCUCUUCAGUUGGCACCCAAACCUCUGGAGCAACCAGUCAGUGGCAGGAAGUUCCAGCGUCUGGUAUUUUCAAAAUUGACCUCAAGUCUACUUCCAUUUCCAAAUCUGUAGUUUUAAAAUUGUAUCCUUGGAAAUGUACUUCCAGGGAAAAUGUUAUCAAAGAAUGUGUUAAUAGCCUGACUCAAAUUUCAGCAAACUUGCAAACAUUUGUCUCAGUGAUUGCAAAUGAAGCCAAACUCUGUCUUGAAGAACCUGUCGUUCCUUUAAAUAUGAUGUUGCCACAGGCUCCAUUUGAGAUUCACUGUAGGAACAUUUCCUGUCUCCCACCGACAAGAGAGACCCUUGAGGUCUUUCUUACUGAUGGACGCAGGAAGGAAAUAGUUCACCAGUUCAUCGAUGUCCUGAGUAUCGCAGUCAAGAGACGUGUCUUGAAUUUACCUAGGGAUGAAAACCUGACACCAAGUGAAGUUUCCAAAACUUGUGAUAGGAAAGCAAAUGUUGCAAUCCUGUUUUCUGGGGGUAUUGAUUCCAUGGUUAUCGCAACCCUUGCUGACCGUCACAUUCCUUUAGAUGAACCAAUUGAUCUUCUCAAUGUGGCUUUCAUGACUAAAGAAAAGACCAUACCAACUAGUUUUAACAAAAAAAGUGGAAAACAGGAAAAUCGUUGUGAAAUACCUUCUGAAGAAUCCUCUAAAAAUGUUGCUCCUGCUGCUGCUGCUAGUCCUGAUAAACAGUUCAGGGUACCGGAUCGGAUCACAGGGCGAGCGGGGCUGAAGGAGCUGCAGGCCGCUAACCCUUCCCGGACUUGGAAUUUUGUUGAAAUUAAUGUUUCUCUGGAAGAACUGCAAAACUUCAGAACAACUCGAAUAUGCCAUUUAAUUCAGCCCUUGGAUACGGUAUUGGAUGAUAGCAUUGGCUGUGCAGUGUGGUUCGCUUCUAGAGGAAUUGGUCGGUUAGUGACCCAGGAUGGAGUGAGAUCGUAUCAGAGCACGGCAAAGGUGGUGCUGACUGGAAUUGGUGCCGAUGAGCAGCUUGCAGGCUAUUCUCGUCAUCGCGUUCGCUUUCAGACUCAUGGGCUGGAAGGAUUGAAUAAGGAGCUCGAGAUGGAACUGGGUCGAAUCUCUUCUAGAAAUCUUGGUCGUGAUGACAGAGUUAUUGGUGAUCAUGGAAAAGAAGCAAGUCAGUCAGAAGCGAAGCUGCGGAGGAUCCAGAGCAGCAGUUUUCCAGAACCCGUUCUCCAGGAAAUGCCUUUUCAGUAAUUUUCAGAGAUGAUACCAUGAUGUGAUUGCUUUUAAGACUACAGUGAAAAAGACUGUAAAACUGAGGUAGUGAAACGCUGAGAGAGGGUAUUUAAAGGGUUUGUUCCGUUUUAAAUGUUUGCUUUCCUCCCAGUAAGGGCGUAGACCCUGUGCCCAGGCUGUCUCCUCCAUGUUAUGGAACCUGGCUUUGUCUCUAAGACGUUUCUGUGUGUGUAGAGCUAUACUGACUUAAGUGGUGGUUCUAGUACUGGAUUCCCGUCUGUUCAAUGUUUUUGGGCUUUUUUUU